CCGAAAAACAGUACUAACUGAUUUUUGGAUGCAGGGAUAACCGUUAAGACAACAACAACGUUGGCGGACGGAGACAGAUAACCAUCAUAGUUAAAGCCCGAACACUUGAAGAGAAACCAGCGUAGAAGGGUAUUUGUACGUUAACUACAAAACUCCAAGUGUGUGGUCCUUCAGAGAGAGAGAAAGAGAGAGAGAGCGAGUGAGUGCGAGAGGGAGAGGCUGUGAAGCUCUCUAUUUCUGUGAGAGAACCAAUUUAGCAAAAAACCCCAAGAAUUUGCAGUUGAGAGAGACAGAGAGUGAUGGAGGAAGAGAAGCAGCAGAGUGUUGAGGAGGAGGAGCGUCCAGUGAGAGUGUAUGCAGACGGCAUUUAUGAUCUCUUUCACUUCGGCCAUGCCCGUUCUCUCGAGCAAGCCAAGAAGCUGUUUCCGAACACGUACCUGCUUGUUGGCUGCUGUGGUGAUGAAAUUACCCACAAUUAUAAGGGAAAAACUGUUAUGACUGAGAAGGAGCGCUAUGAAUCGCUCCGCCAUUGCAGAUGGGUGGAUGAAGUUAUCCCCGACGCACCAUGGGUGCUCUCGCAGGAGUUUCUUGACAAGCACAAGAUUGACUUUGUGGCACAUGACUCUCUUCCCUAUGCUGAUGCAAGUGGCUCUGGAAAGGAUGUCUAUGAGUUUGUUAAGUCCGUUGGUAAGUUUAAGGAAACAAAGCGAACUGAUGGGAUCUCUACGUCAGAUCUCAUAAUGAGGAUAGUUAAAGAUUACAACCAGUAUGUGAUGCGUAAUUUGGACCGCGGGUACACAAGAAAGGAUCUAGGUGUUAGCUAUGUGAGGGAAAAGCGACUGAGAGUGAACAUGGGACUGAGAAGAUUGCGUGAAAGGGUGAAGGUGCACCAAGAAAAAGUAGGAGAGAAGAUACAAAUAGUAACACAAACUGCCACAAUGCGUCGUAAUGAAUGGGUGGAGAAUGCUGACCGGCUGGUUGCUGGAUUUCUUGAGAGGUUUGAAGAAGGUUUCCAUAAAAUGGGAACAGCCAUAAGGGACCGAAUUCAAAAGCGAAUAAGGAAGCAGCAGUUCAGAGGGCUUUUAUAUGAAGAAGAAGAUGAUGAAUUCUAUGAUGACUCUGAAGAAGAAAACGAGGAUGAAGACGAGAACUGACGUUGCUUCUGUUGCUGUCAAUUAGGAGCUGAAAUACUUGUCCGUUGUAUUAAUUAAUGUAGAACUAAGUAAGAAGUCGAUAGCAUUAGAUUCCUUGAUUAUAUGACUUCAGUUUGUGAAACGGCCAAAAUCAAGGCUUGGAUUUUCAAAUUCAAUUAUAGUAUUCUGUCAUUUUCGUUUCGGUAGGUGCUUGUUUGAUGUAGUUGACACAAAAUCUUUAUGAAGAUCACAGAUUUCUGCGAA